AUGCGUUUUAAUGAAUUAUUUAUUCGUCAUCGAAAGACGGAACCUUCAUCUGUUAAUCUAUUAAGAAUAUUGAUUAUGAUAAUAUUAAUAUCUUCCCUCACAGGAUAUAUUGCAAUUUUGAUUAUCGAAGUGACUAGUGACGAACCUGUUUUAACGAAUACAGUCGUUGAAGCAAUGGAAAUACCAAUUCCUGGAGGAUCACAAGAAAUAAAACUUGAUGAAAGUUGUAAAGAAUAUUUAGAACAACCAAAAGCUUCUUCAGAAAGCAACAAUUAUAUCGGCUAUUUUAAAAAUGUCCAAAAUUUAACAUGCGUAAAUGUAGUUGCAUUAAUUGUUGAUUCAAAUUAUAAUGCCACCAAAAGUCAAGACCUUAUGAAAUUUACUGCUACCGAUUCUGAAUAUAAUCCUUUGAGAUAUGAAAGUAAAUUCAAUGAAACAAACAUUAAUAAAUUACCUGCAUAUGUUAAAGAAUUAUCCACAAGCAAUUUUUAUUAUAUGAAACAUAAGAGAAACAAAGAUCAUCUUGGAAUCGAACCAACUUAUUAUAGACAAGGUUACAUUGUGUCCAGUAUACAGAACGUUCCUUUUGAUUAUGAAGCUGGUGAUUUUUUUGCAAGUCAAAUUGUUUUAACUGUUCAAAAUUUCCUUUUGAAAAAAGAGACUGAACAAAGGACGCGAACUUUACUUAGCGUGUUUGGACUUGUGGGCGGUGCUUGGGGUCUAGCUGCGGCAUUUUACGCGACUCUAUUUGGUGUAGAUAUAAUUCGUCCAUGGGGUUGUGUGCAAUUUUAUUGUUGUGGGAUACGUAAUAAAACACAUAAUAAACUUAAAAAAUCUCUCCCGGUAAUUCCGCUAGUUAAGAGUUCCGAAAGACCUCUACCUUCUUUUUCUAGGGACGUUUCUCGUGAUGAGCAUGCAGCCUUACAACAACGUGUUGAUGCUUUGGAAGUUUUUUUAAGAGAGUAUGUCGUAGACGACUUCCUACCUAUAAUCAUAAUAAUAAAACAACCACCCACGACUAUGUUAUACACAAAUGAUAUUUAG